AUGGCGGUAAGACCGCAGGCCGAAUUGAUAGGCGCGCUGAGCGUCGAGUCGGAUCUGGUGAGCUUCGCCGUGUUCUCGACGACUACCGGCCAGGAAGUGGCCACUUCGUCGAAACGGCUGCCGAUGCUCACGACGGGGUCGUCGUCGUCGUCGUCGUCGUCGGACUGUCGACAGCCGGCGGCCGCGUGGCAACCGGGCUGGGUGGAACAGGAGCCCGCCAAGGUGUGGGCGGCCGUCAACGAGGUCGUGGCCAACGUGUCCAACGAGAUGUGCCGCAGCGGACUGCCGGUGACGUACAUCAAAGCGUUGGGCGUCACCAACGAACCGGGCACCGUGCUGGCGUGGAACGCCGACACGGGCGGCGUGCUGUGCAACGCCGUGCACCGGACGGACGCCAGAGCGGCCGACGGGCCGGACGCCGCGGUCGAGUGGCUGACGCGGCACUCGGAACCGGUGAAGCGCGCGGGCCACAAAUGCCGGUUCGGCACGUGGGACACGUGGACGCUGUGGAUGCUCACUUCCGGGCAGGUGUACACGACGGACGUGACAAACGCCUCGCAGACCCGUCUGAUGGCCUUGCCCGGCCCCGAGUGGGACGAGUCCGUUUGCCGGGACCGCAACAUCUGUGUGGCAUCGUUGCCGCCAAUUCGCGCGCCGUCGCCGUCCACGUUGUACGCCGUCGUCACCGUCGGCGAAUUGAUCGGCCUGUCCGUGUAUUCGGUGAUGAGCCGGCCGAACGCGGUGCUCUGCGGACACGGCUGCGACUCGGCCGGCCAAGCGAGCGUCACCAUGGACGAACGGGGCGUGACGGUGAUGUGCGUCACGGGCCGCAGUCCGGUAACGUCGUCCGCCCUGACCGCGGUGGUGGCCUGCGUUACGGCGGACCACAAGGCCAACUCCGCCAUGCUGUACGCGCUGCAAGCCACGUCUCAGGUCAACAUGGCCGUGGCCAGUCUGGUGAGCAACUUGGCGUUGUUCAAGUCGACGGCCGAGUGCAUGAACGUCUAUUGUACGGCCGGCCCCAGCACGCCGGCGUACAUGGCCACGGAAGAGGGCGUGUCGUCCGCUCCGUACGGCCGCGCAGACGCCGGCGGCAUAAUGUGCGGCAUCACCGGCGACACGAGCAAAGAGCACUUGGCGCGCGCCGCCGUCGACUCCAUGUGCUUCACCGUGGCCGACGCGUUCAACGCGUCCCAGAGCGACUCGCGCAAAUCCGUCCACACGGCGUUCAUGGACGGCUCGUAUUCCGAGUACGACGACGUGUUGCAACAGCAGGCCGACGUGUGCGGCAUUCGGGUGAUCAAGAAUCACCGCAGAGACAUGGCCGUCUACGGCGUGGCCGUGGCCGCGGGCCUCGCGGUCAACAUCAAGUUCGGCAAUCACCGCUGCGACCCAGACGUGUACGACCCAAAGUCCAGCGCCGAGCAGCGGGCGCAAUGGCAGAAGCAAUGGGGCAAAUGCGUGCAGCGGAGUUACGGCUGGAACAGGAUUGGCGGCAGGCUGACCGACGAUUUUAGUUGA